UCUAGAAAAUUCGCGUACAAGCACGAAUGAAGGAACUAUGCGGCAAUAAACCGGCGUUUGUACGAUAGAUUGAUCGAUUGUCGACUACAGCAACGUGUUUCUCUGUUCGUGUGAUUCGGAAGAUAAGCAAGAUUUAACAAUUCUUGUAAGAAAUUAAGACAAAUUUCAGUUAACGAUGGCCGCUAUGUCCGUCAUUGGUAUUGAUUUCGGUAAUGAAUCAUGUUAUAUCGCUGUGGCUAAAGCAGGUGGUAUUGAGACAAUAGCCAACGAUUAUAGCCUCCGCGGGACUCCAUCAUGUGUGGCAUUUUCAUCGAAAAAUCGAAUAUUAGGUGUGGCUGCAAAGAACCAGAUGGUUACAAAUAUGAAAAAUACUGUUUUUGGUUUCAAGAGACUAUUAGGUAGAAAAUUCUCUGACCCUUAUGUUCAAAAGGAGUUGAAAUAUUUCCCAUUCAAAGUGGAACAAAGACCUGAUGAUGGAAUUGGUAUCAGAGUGAAUUACCUGGGAGAAGAUAAUGUCUUUACUCCAGAGCAGAUAACGGCUAUGCUGUUUACAAAGUUGAAAGAUAGUGCAACAAUAGCUUUGCAGACCCCAAUUAAUGACUGUGUCAUAUCUGUGCCUAGUUACUUUACAAACUCUGAGAGAAAUGCUCUAUUGGAUGCUGCUAGUAUUGCAGGACUGAAUGUAUUGCGCCUUAUGAAUGAAACAACAGCCACUGCUUUGGCUUAUGGUAUUUAUAAGCAGGACUUACCUGCACCUGAAGAGAAGCCUAAGAAUGUGGUGUUUGUUGACUUUGGACAUAGUUCACUGCAGGUGUCAGCAUGUGCCUUCAACAAGGGCAAACUGCGUGUCUUGGCUACAUCAACGGAUGCCCAAUGUGGUGGACGGGACAUUGACAUGGCUCUGGCUGACUAUUUCUGUCAAGACAUCUUCAGCAGAUUAAAGCUGGAUGCCAGAAAAAAUCAAAGGGCUUUCCUUCGGCUUCUUCAAGAAGUGGAGAAACUCAAGAAACAGAUGUCAGCUAACAGCACCCGUCUGCCAAUCAAUAUUGAGUGCUUCAUGGAGGAGCGCGAUGUCUCAAGUGAGAUGCAGCGAUCGCAAAUGGAGCAAAUCUGUGCUGAGACCUUCACACGCAUCGAAAGAACUAUGAGGGCCAUAUUGCAUAAUGCCAAGCUUAGACCUGAAGACAUUCAUUCUGUGGAGAUUGUUGGAGGUUCUACUAGAAUUCCUGCAGUCAAAAACUUGAUUGAACAAGUCUUUAACAAGCAUGCUUCAACCACAUUAAAUCAGGACGAGGCGGUGUCGCGCGGCUGCGCGCUGCAGUGCGCCAUGCUGAGCCCGGCCGUGCGCGUGCGCGAGUUCAGCGUCACCGACGUCACGCCCUACGCCGUGCGCCUCGCCUGGGACGCCGCCAAGGGCGAGGACGGUGACAUGGAGGUGUUCUCUGCAUUCCACGCUGCUCCAUUCUCCAAGAUGUUGACAUUCUACAGGAAGGAGCCCUUCUCUGUUAGUGCUUACUACUCUGAUCAAGUGCCCUACCCAGACACCUUUAUUGGUCAGUGGCAUAUAAGAGAUGUCCAGCCUACAGCUGAAGGCGAGUCACAAAAAGUGAAACUCAAAGUGAGAGUGAACAUUCAUGGCAUAAUCACAGUCGCCUCUGCCUCCCUUGUUGAAAAGAAGCAAGAUGCUGCUCAAAAUGAUAAUAUAGAGAUGGAGAAUGCGAAUGAAAAUUCUCAGGGACAAGAUGCUGCUAUGGACACAAAUGGCGCCGCCCAAGAUCAACAACAAAAUGGUCCUGAGAACCAAGAGGUGAGAGACGACGAAAUGAAGGGGGAGCCUCAACAAAAACAGUCGUGGACACAGAAAGUAGGACAGUGGUUCAGCGGGGAUAAAUCAAAGGACAAGACCAAGAAGGUUCUCGUCAAAACUAUUGAGCUCCCAAUUGAUGCCCAAACACAUGGACUUGCUAAGAAUGAACUCAAUGCUUAUUUGGAGCAAGAGGGUAAAAUGCAAGCUCAAGACAGACAGGAAAAAGAAAGGGCUGAUGCUCGUAACGCUUUGGAGGAAUACGUGUAUGAACUGCGGGGCAAACUCUCAGAGGGAGAAAGCCUGCAUGACUUCAUUGCGGAAGAUAAUCGUAACAGACUUGUUAAUCAGUUAGACGCCCUAGAACAAUGGCUGUAUGAUGAAGGAGAAGAUCAACACAGACAGGUAUACAGCGAUAAAUUGACGGAGCUGAAAACUGAAGGCGAGCCUAUCAAGCAGCGACGUCUGGAGUUCGAACUUCGUCCUGGCGCAUUAGAUGAUUUCUCUAGAGCAAUACAGUUGGCGAACAAGGCUGUCGACUUGUACAAGGCGGGCGACGCGAAGUACUCGCACCUGUCGGAGGCGGAGGUGCAGAAGGUGGCGGAGGCGGCGGCGCGCGCGCUGGCGUGGCUGGAGGCGGCGCGCCAGGCGCUCGCGCGCGCGCCGCCGCACGCGCCGCCGCCGCACUCCACGCACCACAUCCGCCAGGAGCGACAGACGUUUGAGAACACUGUUAACCCAGUGUUAAACAAACCGAAACCUAAAGAGAAGACGCCACCCCCGGCCAACCCCACAGCUGGCGACGGCCAGCCCGACGCCGGCUCCGCGCCUUCUGACGCGCAACAAACACAAGAACAAAUGGAUGUCGAAUGAACGUCAACCACUUCUUCAUCCUACCUGCACAUAUAAUAUACUAGAUCAUGACACUAAAUAAUUGCCCUGUCGUCGAUGUAAACUGCAGCGAUAUUAUUAACUGCGUUUAAACACAUUCACCUGGUGUUCUUAUUUAGUUUUAUGAUUAAACCGCAAUGUUCACCCUGAAAGAACACAGUUAAAUUAUAGUGAAUAUUUAUUUUUAUUCAAAUGAUGAAAUAUCUGGUAACUUUGUUGUUAUUGUCUAAUAUGCUACUUUUUUUACAUAUUUUUUGCAGGCCAAUAACUUGAUUAAUAGCGCAUUUCAAAGUCUAGGCAUAUAAUCUGAGUAAUAAAUAGUAUUAACCUAAUUUAUAUUUUGGUUACAAUUUGUACACCUAAUUAAUGCAUUUUUGUGCGGUUACUACAAUUUUAUUUCAUGUGAUGUGAUAAAAUUGAAUGUAGUGAAUAAAUAUAUAGCCAAUAAAUUAAUACACAUGAGCAUAUAUUGAAUAUAAAGGUGAAAUUAGAAUUUAACAGAGUUAUUACAAACAGUUUAAACAGACUUUUGAUGCGUGGUUAAACAAACACACAUCGAGUGGAUAUUAAACCUUUUAGUAAUAACAGCGUUUGUCAUAAGUAGUAACUAUUUGUUAAAUUUUACUUCUUGACUGCUUUAUUGAUGACUCCUAUAGUUUUAAUUCCACCUGUGUGCUCAUGUACUAGAGUUUAAUUAAGGUUUUUGUGUUGUUUAAAUGGUAUAAUAAAAAAACAACCGUAACAAUACUUACAAAUGUUUAAGGGUAUGUUUGCUGAUUUAUAUGAUAUAGCUGUAUUCUACAUACAUUUAUUUCACUUCUGUUAUUGGAGAUUUUGGUACUAAACAUUCACUUAUUGUUAUCUUGGUGAUUAGUUGAGAAAUCUCGCAUUUUGGUAGUUGAUGAGAAUAAAUGUGUGUUGUACUACACGAUUCGAAAUCUUGGUUUCGACUUUGAAUAGAGCCUUAAAUAACGAAUACUUUUAAUUUUCUUCUCUAUAAUAGUUGGUAUUACUGGCAAAAGCAUAAGAAGAUUAAAUAUAUUAUCACUUCUGCUGUGUUCUUAAUGCGAACAAAAUGCACAUGCUAUAAGUAGAAAACUAUAUUCAUCGAUCCUCGCAGAAGUCAAUACAUUAAAGGUACAUUUGAAAUACUUACACUCAGUAAUUUCUCAAAUAUACAUUAAUUUUGCCACUCACUACAAAA